UUUGUUAUUGACAAAAUAACAGAACAAUUUUAAAUUUAUUUAAUCGAUCACAUAGGAAUAUUUUCGUAAAACAAAUAUAAUUCCAUUUGAAUCAUCGACGUGUAACGUCGGAUAAAACUAGGAAAAGUCUGAAAAGCUAAAAAUGAUGGUAGUGCCAAGGAUAAAAUGGAUUAUUUUAGUAUUUAUGUUUAUGGCUAUAUUAAGUUCACAUUCAGCGCCUUCUACUUCAAAUAGUAAAAAGAAAACACGCAUUUUAAACAUCGCAGUUAUUGGAGCCGGUGCAUCUGGUCUUGCGGCUACAAAGAGAUCACUCGAUGAAGGACAUAAUGUGACAGUUUAUGAACAAGGCGAAGCUGUUGGAGGGAUCUGGUUCUAUACAGAUAAAAUCGGAAAAGACGAGUACGGUAUUAAUAUUCACACUCCAAUGUAUCAGGGAUUGAGAACGAAUUCACCAUAUCAAACAAUGGAGUUUCCCGGAUAUUCUUAUCCAAAUAAUACGCCAUCGUAUCCAACACAGAAACUGGUGUUAGAAUACUUAAAUUCUUAUGCCGAUUAUUUCAAAUUAAAUGAGCAUAUAAAAUGUCAUCAUCCAGUUAUCAAGGUUUCUCCAGUUAAAAGCCCAAAUAUCCAGCGAACAAAGUGGAUAUUAACUUUGAGGGAUUUGGCCAAAAACAAAACUGUCGAAAGUGAAGUAUACGACGCUGUUUUUGUUUGCACAGGUGUAGCUUCGUCGCCAAACAUUCCAAAAAUUCCAGGGGACGACACAUUCAAUGGAAAAAUUAUUCAUAGUCAUGAUUAUCGUCGAGCUGACGCAUUUAAAGGUGAAAAUGUUUUGGUUAUUGGUGGCGGAGCAAGUUCAAAUGACAUAUUAGACCAAUUGAUCAAUGUUGCUAAUCAAGUAACAUGCAGCCAACGUAGCGAUCAAGAUGGAAUGUCAGAAGAAGACACAGAAACGUAUGAGAUUUCCUUAAAAACUACAGAUGAACAAAUUGUCACAUAUAAAGAUGAUGUAAAGUGCUUAACGCCAAAUGGCGCAAAAUUUAUUGAUGAUACAGAACAAAAUUUCACCGUUAUUAUUUACGCAACAGGUUAUAGGUAUUCGUUUCCAUUUUUGGGCGAAGAAAUUGGUAUCAGUAUCGAUGAAAACUGCGUGGAACCAUUGUAUAAACAAAUUUUAAACAUUAAGUAUCCAACCAUGGCUUUUAUUGGAAUACCGCAGGUAGCAGUCAACAAUCGCAUGUAUGAUUUGCAGGCACAUUUUGCAUUGCAAUUCAUCUCUGGUGCAAUUAAAAUGCCGAAAGAAACCGAGAUGAUGGUGGAUACAAUAGUUCAAACUCAACACCAUUUAAACCAAGGAUUUCGCAAAAAAGAAAUGCAUAUCUUAGGUCUGGAACACAAGAAAUAUUAUAAAGUAAUUGCGGAAACUCACG